AUGCCUGAUGUUAAGUACAUUUUCACUGGUGACUCUUAUAUUAUCGAGAGGUGCGAUACUGCUGAUAAGCCGAUCGUUAAUAACGAUAACAAUAAUGAUAACGAUAAUGAUAACGAUAAUAAAUUAGAUAAAAUUGAAAAUGUCGAUAAAUCUGUUUUGAACAAUAUACUUUCCUCCCCCAUAUUACAAUCCUUUUUAGGGUUUGGUUCAAUUUCUUAUUCAAAAAAUCUGUCUAUUACACCGAAUACCAUUAAUUGUAAUAGUAAUAGUAAUACUGGUAGUGAUAGUGAUAGUGAUAAUAAUAAAGAUAACAAUGAUAAUGACAAUGAAAAUAAUUAUAUCAUAAUUAACGGUGAAAAAAUUGACCCUGUUGAUUAUAUUUUUAAUCCUGAAAAGUACAAAUCAAAAAAUCAGGAUAAAUACUCUAAACUUCAAAUCAUUAAAAAUGAUCAGUUUAGAAACAUUUUAAUCAAAAAUUUAAAAUUAGCCGAUAAAUUGAAAACCAAAUUGAAAAAUAAUUAUAAAGAAUAUCUCGAAUUUGUUGAGCUAGAAAACAAAAUUAAAGAACAAAAUAAAAUCAAUGAACAACAAAAAAAAAAAGUUGAUAUUGCAAUGAAACACAAAACACAAAAAACUAAAAAAAAACGUAUAUUGAGUUUCAAUUCAAAAAUCAACGUCAUCCAUGACAACAAUCAUGAUAAUCUUGACAAUAAAAUUAAUCAUAAUAACAACAACAUCCGAAACUACAGUAGCAAUAAAAUUGGCUUUAAAAAUCAAUCCAGUGAAAUUCUUCAAAGACCUCCUGUUCCUAAAAAGGAUAGACCAGUAUAUAAUAUAAAGACAGAAGAAGCCAGUUUCGAUAGAUUUAGCAAUAGAUUAACAAAUUUAUCAAAACAUGAACCUGGGGAUAUCUCAAAUAGCGAUAAAGAUCACCAAAAAUUUGAUAACACAAGUUCUACUCCUAUCCCAGAACCUCAACAACAGUUUUAUUGCAAAUCGAUUCCUGAUCAAAGCUCUUGCUCUACUAUAUCAAUUUUUGAGUCUACACUAGAUUCAAUUUCUGAUUUAACCUCUGAAGAAACUUCUAAACUAGUGUCUGAAUCAAAGUCUGAAUCGACUUCCAGCACAGACUCCAAUUCAACAACAAAUCUGAAUAACGAUUCUUACAUCUCCUUCUUUAUCAAGUAUUUUUCCUCUGUUGCUCUGACUGACAUGGGCAGCUCAAUUCUCAGUCCUGAUUCCAAACCAGAUCCAAUUCCAAAGGACCCAAUUCCUAAAACCGCUGACGAUUCAAGUUCUCUGCAUCUGGGCUCCAAAAUAAACUUGUAUAAACCACUCCCUCCUCUUCCCACUUGA